AAUUAACUUAUGUACUGGCCCCAUCUCGCUGAUCCGCCUACAUGUCUCGGACACUGAGAAUGCAGGGCAUACGCUGUACUGGGGCUCCCUCUUCUCUCGUUGACGACUAUCAUGCCUGGAGUCCAGGCCUCCUCCUCCUCGAAGUUCUCUUUCAAGCCUAAGCAAAAGUAUCAUGAAUUCUAUCCCCCCGCUCCGAACGUCUUCCUUGCCACCGGCAUCAUCAUUCCGGUCCUCAAGCAAACAGACUAUGAUGCUUCUCAAUGUAUACACUCAGCCUACUUGAAAGCUACCCACCAACAGCGGGUAGACGGCUGGAAACGCCGUGUGAUCCGGGACUCAUUAGAUCUGCGGAGAUUCUCGUGGGCUGAGCUUCAGGAGGGAGAGGGUGUCGACGACGGAGAGUGCCAGUGCGGAGAACAUAGCUGGAGGAGUCAGUCCGCGUGCGGCGAGCAGCCUGCCAGCAGCAGACGUAGAGGGGAGAAGCCAGGACGACAUUGUGACGCCAAUAGGAUGAUUCGAUAUGAGGUGGAAGACCCAGCACUUUUCUUCUCCACAAAAACAAGCUUCCCUGCCUCGUCUCCUUCUCGCCGCACGUCUGUUUCCUCUUUCUGCUCUGGCCAAUCAACAUCUUCCGUCAGCUCGCAGCAUUCUUCCAUCACUAGCUUCAAUCCCUCCAUGGACGAAAAACCGGCUGAGUCUGAGGCCGAGCAGUCGGCGUCUCCAUCGAUGUCAUCGAAAGCGAGUAGAAACAUGUCAAAGCGAGUGGCCGGUGCUUGGAAAGGUUUUGUUACUAACUUCACAGACGCAUUCACUGUGCCCGAUCCAAUGCCAGGAGUUGACCCUCUUCCAAUGAUGCGGGAUACGGCACGCCGUCAACUGCCUGAAGCUUUCGCAUCCUUGAAACAGGGAGAGAAACGGACGAGGUUCUUAUGUCCGCGUCGGGAGAGCACGGAUGCCCUGUGGCCAGUAUUUGACGAGAGAGAAACGAAUGAAUUGCAAUAGUAUUAAGGUACAGAGAUGAUAGCGAUUAUUUAAAGUCCGUUGCUAGAACAAAACAAAAGCAAGACAAGGAGCGGGGUUCAACGCAGUCCAUCAUGGCAAUUGAGAGGCAUCUGACGGAGGAUCGCU